UCUCGUUUCACACGCGGCAAAGAUAAUAAUUCUAAUGAUGGAUAACACUAUCACACAAAAGGUACAAGAUUAUAAGGACUCUUUAAAAAAGAAGGCCGAACAGUUAAUUAUAAAGGAGUUCCCAGAGAAGAUAGUUAAACUUAAUCAAAUUCUUGAAACGCCAAGAUUUUGUAAUCGAGAUAUAAAAGAAGUUCACCAAGACUUAAAUGUACCCAUUCCAGAUCCUAUAUUAAUUAAUCAUUCCGAGGAUGGGCCGAAUACUAAGAAACUUAAGUUGGACAACAGCGUUGAACAAACUCCUUGUGGUACAAAAGUAAUGAUUCUUCCGAGUGGUUCCGUACCUUGUAACGAACCUCUUUGCGAUUUGCUUCAUAUUGUCAAGCCAUAUAUCCGACAACUUUUAGAAGAUUCAAAUCUUUUAAAAAUGUGGAUUUCUUUCAUGAUUCCAAAAAUUGAAGAUGGAAAUAAUUUUGGAGUUUCUAUUCAAGAAGACACACUUGCCGAAGUACAAGCAGUCGAAAGUGAAGCUGCAGCAUUUUUUGAUCAAAUUUCAAGGUACUUUAUUUCAAGGGCAAAGAUUGUAAGUAAAGUUGCAAAGUACCCUCAUAUUGAAGUUCAAGAAUUAGAUGAAAAAGAAUACAUAAGUUUAUGGCUGGUAAUGUGUGAAAUCCGUAAUCGCUAUUGUUCACUACAUGAUCUUGUCAUUAAAAACUUAGAAAAAAUUAAGAAGCCACGUUCUUCAAACGCAGAAAAUUUAUAUUGAAAGUCUGUAUUUAUUUGUGCUAUAGCACAGUGGACAUUAAUAACAAAUACCUUUUAAAUAUAAAUGUCGAUAAGAAGAGUGCCGAGAUUAGUACUGAAAGAUUCAUGUCUAUUUUUAGAAUCUGUCAGUUUAACGUAGAUAUUUACAUUUAGUUUGCUGAUAUAAAAAUAUUUAUAGUUACAGCACGACAUUCUUUUCUUUUAUAUAACAAAUAAAAUACAAUGAUGUCGCGCUUUAAUUGUAUAUAGUAUUCUUAUGAUAAUCUUCGGUACUACUUACAAGUUUUAGUUCAUGGGGCGAAUGAACCACGAAUCAUUCAUAAGUCGAAAUACUACAAUCAUUACAAGUUGUUUAUACUUCCGCAUGACGAUGCACUAUUGCAAGAAAUAUGUGCAAGUAGUUGAAAAUCAAAUGAGUGAUAUAUGAUUUUGUUAUCGAAUUAAGUCAUUAUUCUAAUGAUACUGAUUUACAUAUUUGGCCAAUGGACAUACUGUAUGAAGAAGUGUAGAUGAGUGCUUUGUCAUAUUAAAUUAUGGAAUUUUAUUUUUU